UUAUUUUAGUCAAUCGCCCCGAAGACAAAACGUCGCGUGUUAUUAUUAUUAUUACUAUCAUUAUUAUUGUUUUUAUAAAUUUUAAGUACUUUUAUUCAAAGAUCAACUGAUCAAUUGUUAAACCAUUAUAAUUGUUGAGUGCUCAUCAUGGAGGUCCAACUCAAUUAUUUUAGUACCACAUAAAAAUAAUAUGCACAUAAAGUGAUUAGAGCCAUAAAUCAGAGAGAACUGGGUCAGAGUUCAGCAAAUAGAACGCUGUCUAGACUGAGGGGAAUCAGAACUCCGUUUGGCUAAUGCCUCGUCGCCUGUGGAAACACGUUUGUCAUAUUGAUUUUGAAUUGAUAGCAGGUGCACAGAUUGGUAUUGGGGCAGGUGCGUGCCAUGCGUGCCAUGCCCUCUGCCGUCAGUCGGGGCACGUUACCCGGCUUCCAGUCAGCCAUCGACAGGGCCAUCAAUUUGGCAGUUCGCGGCCCCAAGUUCAGUCUGGCAGCGACGGCGACCCAGGAUGCGUGCACGACAGCCAAACGGCCAGGAACGGGAGCAGCUGCGUCGUCAGCGCUCCGAGACGCGCCUAAUCUUGGCACGCUGCCGGGCAAGAGGCUUUGAAUAUGUGGUAAAUCCGCCUGUGGUGCCUAAGGUGGCCUUUGGCACGACCAUGGAUCGCGAGGUGAUGCCGGUCAGUGGACCCUUCCUGAACAGCUUCAUGAGAUCCAAUCUGCCGGAGGGACGCGAACAGCCCAGUCCAAUUGAUUACGACUGUUCCAAGCCUAUUGGCUUUAAGUAUCCCUCCAAUGCUGGCUUCUCUGCUCUGGCCAACAAGAUGCCCCGUCUGCCCAUCGAACCGGAGAAGAUUGUUCCACCCAUGGGCGCCUAUGAGGCAACACCUUGGAUACUCCGCGCUGGCUACACCUUUGACAAGUAUAUGGUGCCGGAGCCCAAAUGGGUAACUCCCGGUGCCUCCACCUACUCGACCCACAACAAAUAUCCAUAUUGGAAAAUGGAAACCGCCUUUGGCACCCGUCGCAUUAUCUGGCCCGCGGUGGCCGUCUUCUGCGGCCCCAACAAUGUGGCCCAGUGCCUGGUCUGUCAUGAGCGUCCCAAAGGCGAUUAUUUCCAUUGCUUUGCCACCGACAAGGAUAUGUGCCGCAAGUGCAUGCGCGAGGAGAUGUCCACCAUCAAGCACUGCAGCGUGAGUGUCGUGGAGCGCUAUCGCAAGCGCCAGCAUAUAAAACAGUUUGUACCCGCCCGCUAUUGUGGUUUCUUUCACGAUCACAACGGGACCACUGCCGCCACCGAGUCCAUCUCACGCAAGGAGCUGCGUGCCAAGAUCCGUGUCGAGAAUUAUUUGUAUCGCUUUGCCAGCAAAGUGGAAUGAGGCGCUACGAAUAUCAGAAGGUUUCUCCAGUUUCCAGACAAAUAGUAGCAGAAAAGUAAACCAAAAAUAUGUUUCAAAAUUUUUAAUAAUUAUAUAGUAUAUUGAUAUUACAGCAAUGGGACAUUUGCCGUUUUGUGUAUCCCAGAUAAAUUGUAAAUGAUUUAAAAAAUGCAUAAAAAUUAUUAUGUAAAGUUAUGUAAAAAUGCAAGUGUUAACGA